UGGAAAAAGACCAGCUGUUGAGCAAUCAUCAGUGUAAAUUUUAUAAACAUGUAUUUAAUAUUAAUAUUAUUAGUAUUACCAUUUUUCACAACAUCUCUUCCUGUCAAAAAUGCCAAAGAAGAGUCUACAUGUGGUUACAGUGCAUGCCAUGCAACUAAACCAGGCUACAUUAACGUUCAUAUCAUACCUCAUUCUCAUGAUGAUGUGGGAUGGCUAAAGACAGUUGAUCAAUACUACUAUGGAAGCAAACAGGCAACACAAAGAGCAGGAGUACAGUACAUAAUAGAUACUAUGUUGAAUGAACUUAGAAAUGAUCCUGACAGAAGGUUCAUUUAUGUUGAAACAGCUUUCCUGUGGAAAUGGUGGUUAGAUCAUAAUGAAGCUAAGCGACAGUUAAUGAUAGACUUCAUUAACUCAGGACAGCUGGAAAUUAUUGGCGGUGCCUGGAGUAUGAAUGAUGAGGCAGCUACACAUUAUCAGUCAACCAUUGAUCAAUUUACAUGGGGUCUCAGGAAACUAAAUGACACAUUUGGGGUAUGUGGUCGUCCCCAUGUAGGAUGGCAGAUUGAUCCAUUUGGACACUCCAGAGAGAUGGCAUCCAUUUUUGCUCAGCUUGGGUAUGAUGGUGUCUUCUUUGCUAGAUCAGACUAUCAAGACCGCCAGAGGAGAUACAAGACAAAGAACACAGAGAUGAUAUGGCAAGGCAGUGCUAAUCUUGGUACAUCAUCCAGAUUAUUUGCAGCAACUUUUAAUAACUCCUACUAUCCACCAAGUGGAUUUUGUUUUGACAUCAACUGUGAUGACUUGCCCAUUAUUGAUGAUCUGAAAAGUCCUGAUUACAAUGUUAAAACUAGGAUCUCAGAUUUUGUUGCAUAUAUAGAAGAACAGGCAUCACAUAAGAAGACUGACCACAUUCUUGUCACAAUGGGAGGAGAUUUCCAUUACCAAGAAGCUGCAGCUUGGUUUGUCAACUUGGACAAAUUAAUAAAGUAUGUGAAUGAUUUGCAAGCAGAUGGAGGUAGACUAAAUGCAUUGUACUCAACACCAUCAUGUUACUUGAAAGCUGUUAAUGAGGCAAAUAUAACAUGGGAACUAAAAGAAGAUGAUUUCUUUCCUUAUGCCAGUGAUUCUCAUGAGUACUGGACAGGAUAUUUCACUUCUAGAGCCACUAGCAAAUAUUUUGAAAGACGAGGAAAUAACUUCCUUCAGGUCUGCAAACAACUAUACACCUUGGCAGAUGUUGAAGACACCUUCAGUGAAGAUUUAGAUAAUUUACGAGAAACCAUGGGAGUCCUUCAGCAUCAUGAUGCCAUCACGGGGACAGCAAAACAGAAUGUGGCCGAUGACUAUAAUCGCAUGCUUUAUGAUGGAUUUCAGGGUUGUGGAAAUAUUGUUGACAGGGCACUGAAAAAGAUCUCUUCAGGUGGCAAUUCCACACUUUCAUUCUCAUCAUGCCUCCUGAGCAACAUAAGUCAGUGCGAAAUAUCUGAGACCUCUGAGAAUUUUGUGGUGACUGUGUAUAAUCCUUUAAGCCAAGUAUCAUCCUACUAUGUCAGGCUUCCUGUGCAAAAUGGAACAUAUUCUGUGGAAGAUGCUGAUGGUAAUCAGCAGUUAAUACAGUUGGUACCAGUCCCAGACUCUGUUUAUGAUAUUCCUGGAAGAGAAAGUAAUGCAACAUAUGAAAUUGUCUUUCAAGCUGAAGACAUUCCAGCAUUAGGCUACAGGUCAUAUUAUGUGUCCAGUACUAGUCAAUCACGGCAACAAUUAAGUAUUCUAGCAGAAAACAGUACUUCAAUUGGAAAUGAUCACUUGCAGGUACAUUUGAACGAUACUCAAGGGACUGUAAAGUCCAUAGUAAUCAAUGGAACAGAGAUUGCACUCAACCAAAGCUUCUACUUUUAUAAAGGAUGGAUAGGAAACAAUGCAGAAUCAUACAACAGGUCAUCUGGUGCUUAUUUAUUCCGACCAAAUGGAUCUGAUGCUCUAACAGUGUCCGAAACUGCAACGGUAAAAAUAUACAAAGGUGAUCUUGUAGAAGAAAUACAUCAAACCUUCAAUGACUGGGUUAGUCAAGUUAUCAGGGUUCACAAGGAUGAAAAGCACAUCGAAUUUGAGUGGCUGGUUGGGCCUAUUCCUACAGAGGAUGGAAUAGGAAAAGAAAUAAUUUCACGUUUUAAUACAGAUCUGUUUAAUGAUGAAACAUUUUACACGGAUUCAAAUGGCCGGGAAAUGCUACAAAGGCGAGUCAAUUAUCGACCUACAUGGAAUUAUUCUGUAGAGGAGCCUGUCUCAGGGAAUUACUAUCCCAUCACAUCCAAGAUAGUAAUAAGAGAUGAUAGUAAAGGCUUAGAAAUGGCUAUUCUGAAUGACAGAGCACAAGGCGGUUCCAGCCUCCAAAAUGGUGAAAUUGAAAUAAUGGUCCAUCGUAGGCUGCUUAGUGAUGAUGGAAUGGGAGUUGGCGAAGCAUUAGUUGAACCGGCAUUUGGCAAGGGUAUAGUUGCGAGGGGUAAACACUGGCUACUGGCUGGCAGCAUAACAGGUAAUGGUGGACAGAGCCUGGCAGCUCAAGAACGUAAAUUGGCGCAGAAGAAGCUCUUAUCUCCAUGGGUUCUUCUCGGUGAUGCUAGCAACACUUUAUUCGCAGACUGGGCUAAUUCACAUGUAUCUCAGUUCUCAGGCCUGAGCCAAGAACUUCCAGAAAAUAUUCAGAUCCUAACCUUGGAACCAUGGAAAGAAGGCUCAUUACUACUACGCUUAGAGCAUAUUCUGGAGAAAGGUGAAGAUACAGAGUUGUCUCAGCCUGCUACUGUGAACUUGGAGGCACUAUUUACUCCAUUCGAUGUCUCGUCUAUUAGAGAGACAACACUGGGUGCAAAUCAGUGGCUGGAAGACAACACAAGGCUGAUAUGGACUGAUGAGACAGGUACUGCUUCAUCAACCAGGCAGCCAACAGAUGACAUUCCUAAUGUCGUACUGGAACCCAUGCAGAUACGCACAUUUAUAAUUGAAAUUAAUCGCCAAAGUGCACGCAACUCUCAGUUCUGAUAAAAUCUAUCUUCAUUAUUAACAUAUGUAGAUUGUGGUUUAUUACAUUAAUUAAUACAUAAUUUGGUGUGUUAUUCUCUCACCGUUAAGUGCACGGAUGUCACACCUGUUUCCACAUCACACAAUAAAAUUCAUUCAAUGUGGUGGCUAUGGAAUAAAAGUGUAAUUCCUCUCCUGCACAGUCUUGUUACAUUAAUGAAAAUAAAAGCUAGUUUGAUGAGUUGUGGACAACAAAAGAACAUUUUAAAAGAUAGGGAAUGAAUUGCAGAUGUGAGAGAGAACCUGUCAUGACAAGACUAGUAAAAAUUUGACAAAUGGAACUGUGAAUUAAGGGAAUACAUUGAAUUUCUGAAAAUCAAGCAUAGUUGAUUUGCAUAAAAUGAUAUUUAAAGAAGUUGCCAAAAUGUAUGUAAAGAAAUUGUAAAUGCUGAAUGAAAGAUUUCUCAAGAGAUACAAUAAAAUUAUAUUCCAAAUGAA